AUGAGCUUAUGGGAGGGUUAUCCUCACCACGCCUACACUAAAUUAGAGGCUGCUUGUAGAAGAUAUCCGAACGAUCCAGUAAUUAAACUUCACGUAGCUUCUUUACGUGUUGUAGAAGGUCCGAUCAUUCUCCGUUUAAUAAAGUUUUCAGGAUGUUUGCAAGACGCAUUGAAACUUUUCGACGAACUUAGGGAAAAAGAUGAAUUUAUGCUGGCUUCUCUGAUUGCGAUUGCACAUAUAAAUAAGAAACUGCCCGAGAUAGAUCAGGAUGUGAUUAAAUGCUGUGAAAAUAAAAUUCGAGAGCUACGCAGGCACGUGUCUGAAAGAUCUCUUUAUUUUGCUGCGUUGGUACUGUUUUUCUUCCAAAGAUAUGAGAAAGCCAGAGAAUAUGUCGAAAGGGCCCUCAAAGGCAAUCUGCUCUUCAAGGAGGCCUUAUGUCUCAAUGGAUGGAUUGAUUUAAUGGGCAGUGAUGAAGGUCUACACAAAAAGGCCGUCAAAUACUUCGAGGAGUGCACCUAUGACGAAGAAGCUAUGUCAGUUGAAUGCCUAAUGGGUAAAAUAAAAUAUUUCCAGGUGUGCAAGUCAUUUUCAUCAGCGAUGGAUGUGAUUAACAUUGUGAUAGUAAACUUUCCAAACUACGUUCCAGCGCUUAUUGAAAAGAUGAGGCUCCAACUUGUAUUUCAGGACUGGGAGCAGGCUUCAGACACAGCUAUGAGGUGUUUAACAGUUGACCCAACAUGCAUUGAAGCACUGAAACUUCAGCUUUUAUCUUCACUUUGUUACGAAGGAAACUACGUUGAGGCUUCGAAAAAGCUUGAUGAACUUAGUAAGACACUUGAAAAGUCGGAACCGAGGUCCUCAAAUCAGUACUCUCUAAUUGCGAAGCUUGUUUCAAUCACUUGCGGUCGUGAUCCCACACUACUACAAAAGGUUCAAGAACUAUGUGAACGCGCCGUUGAAAUGACUCCCCGAAAUCACCAUUAUUUGAUCAACUUGGGCCACAUCAUUUUACUACAGGGAAAACCAAAGGAAGCUGUUUGCCACUUCCGUAACGCAUUGACUCUUUGUGAAACAAGCAUUGAAGGCUUAGAAGCCAUUGUCAAAUGUCAACUGGUUCAGAACAAUUUACAAGAAGCUUCAACACAAUUAGAAUUCUUGAAUGAAUUACAACCGACAAUUGGAAAGUCAGCGGAAGUAAAUUAUAUGACUGCUGUACUCAGAAGUAAGCAGGGAUUACCAAUAUCGGAAAUAUUACCGCCUUUAAAUGAAGCGAUGGAAUUACAUCUGCGUAAAAUUCAAGGUGUUAGUUUGAGCCCUGAAUAUUACGAACGUUUAAAUCCAGACUUUCUGGUCCAACUUGUCAGCGAAUACUUACUUCAUGCUCCACCCCAACCUCCAAAUAUUGGUAGCACCUUCGGAGUAUCAAAUGAUGCAGUGUGUACAAAUCAUCAGGAUGAUUCAGUUCUCAUGCGAUGUCUGCGUAUACUAGAACCGUUAACUUCUGCAGCACCAGGUUUUCAGAAAGGCAUAUAUCUCAAAGCUUAUGUCCAUUACAUGCUGGGAAAUACUUCGGUUGCUUUGGCUAAUAUAAAAUCAUGCUUGGAAGUUAAUCCGUCAUUUUUAGAAGGUUAUAUACUUAUGGCACAAAUAUAUCUUUAUAUGUCAAAUUUGAAAGCUGCAGAACAAACUUUAGAAACUGGUGUUGGCAAUAAUUUUGAAGUACGCAAUCAUCCAUUAUAUCAACUUGUUCGAGCUCGUAUAAUGAGUAGACAAGGCUCAGCUAAAAUAGCAGUACAGAUAUUAAAGCAAGCAAUUGCAAAUUUAUCGAAUCCACAACAUCGUUCCCAGUCUAUGAAAUCUAAUAAUCUAGGUUAUUUUCAGAAUGAUUUAACACAAAAUGACAAACUUUCAUUAUACAUUGAACUUGCUGAUGCACAUCGUAAUGCAGGUGAACAACAUGAAGCUACAAAAGUUCUGCAGGAUGCUUAUUUAGCAUUUGCUGGUACAGUAGAAGUUGCUCGAGUUACUAUAGCUAUGGCUAAUCUGGCUUUGGCACAAAAUGACCAUGAAACUGCUUUAAAUACACUAAGACAAAUUCAACCAGAUCAUCCGUAUUAUAUAACUGCACGACAAAAUAUGGCGGAUAUUUAUUUAUACCAUAGAAAGGAAAAGAAAUUGUUUGCUGCAUGCUACAGAGAUUUAGCUGAAAAAUUAGGUACAAAUGAAGCUUAUCUAUUGCUGGGUGAAGCGUAUAUGACUAUUCAAGAACCAGAACACGCUAUUGAAAUCUAUGAAUCGAUUCUACGUAAAAAUCCAAAUGAUUUACGUUUAGCCAGUAAAAUUGGUCAUGCAUUUGUUAAAAUUCAUCAUUAUGCUAAAGCUGUAUCCUAUUAUGAGACAGCUGUAAAAACUGGUCAAAAUGGUCUCCGUUUAGAAUUAGCCGAUUUAUUGAUUAAUAUUAAACAAUUUGAAAAAGCUAAACGUCUGCUUAAUUCAAUGUUAACAGAUGAAAUAAUAGAUUCAGUCUCUGAGGUAAAUGAUUUGGAAGAAAUUCGUCGGGGAUUAAAACUUUUGAUAAAACUACAAAUUGCUGAAGACGAUAAACUCAGUGAACGUAUCGACACUUUAAAUCGUUUGAAAUCAGUUCAAGCAAGAUUACUUAUGCGUGUACAAACUAGUGAAGUUGGCGAUAUAGUAAAUGAACAGAAAAUCAAUAUGUCAGAUGUCCUUCUUCAGUUGGCAGCUACAUAUAUUGAAGAUAUUCGAUUACAAUGUGGUGAUCAUUACAAUGCUAAUCGUUUCAAAGAUGAUCAUGGAAAACCUGCUGGUGACUCAAGUAAUACAUCAUCAAAGACAUCCUUAACACAACACUUAGCUAUGAUCAUCAGCUUAUGUCAAGAUGCAAUAAAACAAGUAUCUACUGUUACUGGUUUAAAAACAGCUCAUUCUGGGCAUCAAAUCAAUUUAAACAAUUCACAAUUCAAUGAAGUAGAAUAUAGUCAAAUUAAAAAAUCAGCUAUACAUAUUGAAGCUAGAGCUCUUGUUCAAUUGAUUCACUUGUACUUGUAUACAAUGGAUUAUGUGAACUGUGAACAAGAAAUAUUGAAGUUGGCUCAACUACAGGAAGAAAUAGAAAUGAGCUAUUUAAAUACAAUAGCAAAACAGGAAUCUUCUACGGAUGUAAAUUCAUCUAAAAAUUUAUGCAUUCCACUGAAACAACAACAACAACAGCAACAAAAGGAUAAAAAGGUGCACAAUGCAUCUUUAUUAUCUAACUGGUUGCCAAACAUUCCACUGGCUGCUAUUCUUAUGUCUAAGCUUAUGGUGGCAAUGGGUGAUUUUGAAGCUGCAAGUAAACAUUUAGAGAAUGUGUUAAAUAAAAAUCCGUUGAAUUAUGAUGCUCUGUCAAGUUUUAUUGAAAUUCUUCGAAGAUCUGGCUCACUAUCGCGUAUUCCAGAAUUUCUAGAUAAAGCCAAGUUACUUGAUCCGCAAGGUGAAAAUUCAUCUGGUUUGAAUUAUUGUCGUGGAUUGUAUCACUCAUUCACAGGCGAAGCAACAGUAGCUCUUGAUCAUUUCAAUCGUUGUCGAAAAGAUCCAGAAUAUAUGGAAGAGACAAUCUAUCGAAUGGUUGAAAUAUGUAUUAAUCCAAAUAAUCAUUUAUUUGGUACUGAAACAGGUUCACAACUCAAUGGUAAUACUAAUAUAAAUUCAAAUAAUUCUAACACAUUAAAUUCUGGUGACGAAUCAUCAAGGAAUUCUACUAUUGGCUAUGAAACAGCAGAGCAUCUGUUAAAGGAAGUGAAAGUGGUAAGAAAUAAAAAACGAUUUCGUUUCAUCUCAACUUUAUUAUUAUUGGCAACAAAAUCAAAGUCGAAAUUAGAAUCUGCUUUGGAAACAUUUGCUCAAAUGUCACAAGAAGAUCCGGACAGUGUGGCACCAAUUUAUGGUGCAGCUGCUUGUCAUAUGGUUUUAAAACAAAGUCAAAAGGCGAAAAACCAACUGAAAAGACUGGCCAAAGUACCUUGGAAUUUUCAGGAUGCAGAAGAAUUAGAGAAAUCAUGGUUACUUUUAGCUGAUAUUUAUAUACAGAAUGGUCGAAUGGAACUUAGUCAAGAUUUGUUGAAAAAAUGUUUACAGUAUAACAAGUCAAGUGCUAAAGCAUCUGAAUAUUUGGGUUUAAUAAUGGAAAAAGAACAAAAUUACUACGAUGCUGCGAAGUAUUAUGAACAAGUUUGGAAUAAUUCAAAUCAUCAGAAUCCUGUUAUCGGUUACAAGUUGGCGUACAAUUAUUUAAAAAUUAGACGAUUUUUUGAAGCAGUUGAAGUUUCCCUACAGGUUUUAUCAAUGUAUCCAAAUUACCCAAAAAUACAGAAAGAUAUAUUGGAUAAGGCUAGAUUACAAUUACGUGCAUGA